AUGAUGUUUCCCUUGGUCAGAAAUGCACUAAGUAGCCUCAGGAUUCGAAGCAUUCAGCAAAUGAGGGCAAGACAGAGCCACUCAAAACACUUACCAGAUUUUCAUGACAAAUAUGGUGAUAUUAUACUAGCCGGUGGAACCGCUUUCUGUGUUGUUGUGUGGGUGUUUACAGCCACACAGGUUGGAAUAAAAUGGAACCCCUCCCCUGUUGGCAGAACCACCCCAAAAGAGUGGAAUGAUGAGUAAGCAUCACAGUUACUGUAAUACACAAGUGUCUCAAAGUCAGCUUGUCAUUUCAGUACUCUGCUGUGCAUUGAAAUAUAGCAUAAUCGAAGAAAUAAAAUGCAUUUGAAAACA